GUUAUUCGUAGUAUUAUUCAGUGCCCCCUCUCUUCUCUUCUCUUCUCUUCCCCGAUCUCAAUUGCCUCUCUUCCCCUCUCUCUCUCCGCUGUUCCCGGCCGCCGGAGCUACUUCUUCACUCUCCUCACACCCCAUUCUCCACCCCCUUUUCCCCUCAAUUUCAUCUCAUUCUUCGAUUCGAUUCCCGCAACCUCUGUUUCUCGAUCGCUUUCUCCAUCUCUUACCAUUUUCCGGCGCCUCUUUGCUCUUCUUUUCCACCCUUCGCCGCCGAGUUAUAAUGUGACAUUGUUCCAAGGAAGUGUGAUACAUGGAAUCUGAAGAUAAGAAGUUUGGCCAAGGACCUAGGGAACUGACUGGUGCUGUUGAUCUUAUAAGUCACUACAAGCUGUUACCUCAUCAUGAGUUUUUCUGCAAGAAGUCACUUCCAUUGUCAAUUUCAGACACACAUUAUCUUCAUAACGUGGUUGGAGACACAGAAAUUAGAAAAGGGGAAGGGAUGCAGUUGAAUCAACUCAUACAGAAUCCUUCUUACCCUAGAGAGACUAAUGCUCGUAUACAGCCAUUUGACCAAGAUAUUCUCAUAGAAGCCUUCCAACUGAGGGAAACUGGUCCUGUUGAGCUGCCUCCUGCCGAGAAGGGUGUUCCUACUAUUCCAGGGAAGUCAAAAAGCGAGUCCAAAGAUAAAGACAGAAAGCAUAAAAAGCACAAAGAUAGGGAUAAGGAUAAGGAUAGAGAGCAUAAGAAGCACAAGCAUCGACAUAAAGACCGGAGUAAGGAUAAAGACAAGGACAAGAAGAAAGACAAAAGUGCACAUCAAGAUUCUGGUGCUGACCAUUCAAAGAAGCAUCACGAAAAGAAAAGGAAGCAUGAUGGAGAAGAUGAUAUUAAUGACAUUCAUAGGCACAAAAAAAAUAAGCAUAAGGCCGCAAAAAUUGAAGAAAUGGGAGUGAUAAAGGUAGCGGGCUGACAUUGUGGAAUAAUCUAGGUCAUUUAUUUCCUCAUAUGGUUGUUGAAAGAUUGCUGGAAUUUUCACUUAAUGUUGUCAAAAAAUACUUGAGAGAAGCUUCUGAUGAGGGUGAAUUUACCAGUUUUAGGGGAGAUAUGUGGAAGCAAAUGUAAAAAAAAAAAAAAAAAAAAAAAAAAAAUGGUGGAUAUGAACUUUUGUAUCAUAACAAACAAUGGGUCUGAUAUAUAAAUAUGAGCGAUUUGCAGGACUGGUUUCCUCAA